UGGGCCGAUCGGACAAGCGCUUUUGUUCGUCGACGUCGGAUGACACCAGCAGCCGCUUAUCGCAUGGGAAUCGAAAAUGUUCUUCGCGGUGUACGAUUUGUCAUUCCAAGUAUUGUCGCUUCUGUUGAUGCUGAAGGUGCAGGUUGCGAAGCUCGAGGGGAAGUUGGUGGCGAUGCUGACGAACAAACACCGGAGUCCGAAUCGCACAUCAGCACCUGA